ACUUCCUCCGCGGCCUCGGGCCCGGCUGCAAUCGCGGCUGCAGGCCAUGGUGGCUCUGGACGACCCUGACGGCGGCCUGGAGGCGACCCCCGGCGCGGAGACCAGGCUGCCCCUUCCCGGCUGCCUGCCCACACUGGGCGGCUCACAAGUGAAGAGGGUCUCAGCCUCCAGACGCAAGCAACAUUUUAUCAACCAGGCUGUGCGAAAUUCGGACCUGGUUCCCAAAGCCAAGGGACGGAAGAGCCUGCAGCGUUUGGAGAAUACCCGGUACCUCCUAACUCUGCUGGAAACAGCUGGGGGUUCUCCAGGCCCGGAAGAUGGGGACCUGACUCCUCCUGCGGCACCUGGAAUCUUCGCAGAGGCCUGCAGCAACGCCACGUAUGUGGAGGUCUGGAAUGAUUUUAUGAACCGCUCGGGAGAGGAGCAAGAGCGAGUGCUCCGCUACCUGGAGGAUGAGGAUCAGGGCAAGCGGAGGCGCAGACCUGGCCGCGGGGAGGAUCGGCGGAGAGAGGACCCGGCUCUCACACCUCAUGAGUGCUUCAGGCGCAUCAGCCGUCGCCUGCGGUCUGUGCUCAAGCGCAGCCGCAUCCCGAUGGAAACUCUGGAGAGUUGGGAGGAGCGGCUGCUGGGGUUCUUCUCGGUGUCUCCCCAGGCUGUGUACACCGCCAUGCUGGACAACAGCUUUGAGAGGCUCCUGCUUCACGCCGUCUGCCAGUACCUGGACCUCAUCUCAGCCAGUGCUGACCUGGAGGGCCGGAGGCAGAUGAGGGUUAGCAACCGACACCUGGACUUCCUGCCUCCGGAACUGCUGUUGUCUGCCUACCUGGACCAGCAGUGAUGGCCCGGCUGCCUGCCAACCGGCCAGGCCGGCCCAGACCUCCAACAUCUGAUAAUUUCUUGCAUACUUUCAGAAUGAGAACACCCCACUUCCCUUCCCUCCGGGGGGCCCUUGCCCUGCCCCUUCACGGCCCAGCUCGCAGUUAGCUCCCUGCUCAGGCAGGGGAAACCUGAGCUACCAUUUUCCGCUUUUUCUCUGUUGAGCUUUUCUGUGGUGCAGUCUGAAAUUCAGGCGAGCUAGACUCUUUUAUUUCCCACCAAUCAGUUUUAAUGAAUUUGGCAUGUUUGGAUUAGAUUUGUUUUAAUUUCUCUUUUGAAGUGGGAGGCAAAAACACCCAGCGCCAGCCAGCGGUGGGUUCUGUUGUGACCCCUCCUGACCUCUCCCUUUCAGUUCUGAUGGGGGUGUCUGCUGAUCUCCCCAGGGCUCUUUGUCGUGUGUGUGUGUGUGUGUGUGUAUGUGUGUGUGUGCGUGUGCGUGUCUGCCUGGACAUGCUUCUUUGUCUCAAGGGCUGAGUUUAUGCUUUUAUUUUGGUGAUGUGUGUUCGUCCCUGACUCCCUGGGCUCUGCCUGUCCUUAAAAUCCUCCUCGCGUCCCUCCUUAUGCCAGGGGUCCAGGACUUCCAGCCAGAAGCCUCUGUCCCCUCCCAUCCCCUCUGUGGCCCAGCGUAGCUGUGGUCGCUGCAGAGGCCUUACACGCUCCGCAGGCCUGUCCUCCCGUCCCCUUUCCUGUGAUUCUUUGUGCUUGGGAGAAAGGGACACUUUGAAUAAAGCCUCGGUGCUCUGGCCCU